CACUCCUGAGCAAGAGCGACUGGACCGCCUACCUGCCCAAGUGUCCACUUGGCCGGGCCCCACCUAGCCCAACCUGCCAGAGCUCCCUGAAGAAGGAUCUCUCUCCCCUGGCAGCUGGACCAAGGAAGAGGUUUUGGGCAUCAGUAGGUCCUUCGGGCCCACCUGGACCAUGAUCUCUGCCUGCCUAUGCCUGCUUUGCCUCGCUGUUAUUCAGGCUUUCACCACCGAGGCCCAGCCUGCAGAGCUGCAUGCGGAAGUCCCUGAAAACUAUGGUGGGAACUUCCCUUUCUACAUAAUCAAGCUACCACUACCCCUCGGGAGGGAUAAAGGCCAGAUUGUCCUAUCAGGCGACUCAAGCACAGAUGCUCAAGACCCCUUUGCUGUGGAUCCAGAGUCUGGCUUUCUGGUGGCAACAAAGGCCCUGGACAGGGAGGAAAAGGCAGAGUACCGACUACAGGUGACCUUGGAGUCUGAGGAUGGACAAGUCUUGUGGGGUCCACAGCCUGUGACUGUGCAUGUGAAAGAUGAGAAUGACCAGGUACCCCAAUUCUCCCAGGCCAUCUACAGAGCUCGGCUAAGCCAGGGCACCAGGCCUGGGAUCCCCUUUCUCUUCCUUGAGGCUUCUGAUGGGGAUGCACCGGGCACAGCCAACUCAGACCUUCGAUUCCACAUCCUGAGUCAAUCCCCAGCUCAGCCUUUCCCAGAUAUGUUCCAGCUGGACCCUCAACUAGGCUCUCUGGCCCUCAGUCCCAGGGGAAGCACCAGCCUAGACCUUGAAGGGCCUUACCAGCUGUUGGUACAGGUCAAGGACAUGGGUGACCAGGCCUCAGGCCACCAGGCCAUCACCACUGUGGAGAUCUCCAUAGUACAGAGCACCUGGGUACCUCUCGAACCUGUUCACCUAGCAGAGAAUCUACAGGCUGCAUACCCACACAGCAUUGCCCAGGUCCACUGGAGUGGAGGAGACGUACAUUAUCAACUGCAGAGUCAGCCUGCAGGACCCUUUGACGUGGAUGCAGAGGGGGGAAUCCAUGUAACCGCGGAGCUGGACCGAGAGGCCCAGGCUGAGUACCUGCUCCAAGUCCGAGCUCAGAAUUCCCGUGGUGAGGACUUUGCGGAACCCCUGGAGUUGCAGGUGGUGGUGAUGGAUGAGAAUGACAACGCCCCUGUCUGCUCCCCGCAUGACCCAGCAAUCAGCAUCCCUGAGCUCAGCCCUCCAGGAACUGAAGUGAUUACGCUGUCAGCAGAGGACAUGGAUGCCCCUGGAUCACCCAAUUCCCACGUUGUAUAUCGGUUGUUGAGCCCUGAGCCUGAGGAGGGGGCUGAAGAAAAAGCCUUCAAGUUAGAUUCUGCCACAGGCCAUGUAACACUGGGAACUGCCCCACUCCACCCAGGCCAGGCCAUCCUGCUUCAGGUGCUGGCUGUUGACUUAGCAGGAUCAGAGGGUGGACUCAGCAGCACAUGUGAGGUGGUGGUCACGAUCACAGACAUCAACAACCAUGCCCCUGAGUUCAUCACUUCCCAGAUUGGACCUGUAAGUCUUCCUGAAGAUGUGAAGCCAGGGGUUCUGGUGGCCACACUUAUGGCCACUGAUGCUGACCUUGAGCCUGCCUUCCGCCUUAUGGACUUUGCCAUUGAAGAAGGAGACCCGAAAGGGAUCUUUGACCUGGCCCGGGAGCCAGACUCUGAUCAUGUCCAGCUUAGACUCCUAAAGAACCUCAGCUAUGAGGCAGCUCCUCAUCACAAGGUGGUAGUGGUAGUGCGGAACGUGGAGGAACUGGUGGGCCCAGACCCAGGCCCUGGAGCCACGGCCACAGUGACUAUAUUGGUGGAAAGGGUGAUGCCACCCCUCAAGCUGGACCAGGAGAGCUAUGAGACCAGCAUCCCAGUGAGCACCCCAGCUGGCUCCCUCCUGCUGACCAUUCAGCUCUCAGAGCCCCCUAGCAGAGCCCUCAGGUUCUCCCUGGUCAAUGACUCAGAGGGCUGGCUCUGCAUCAAGGAGGGCUCUGGGGAGGUGCACACAGCCCGGUCCCUGAGGGGUGCCAAGCCUGGGGACACCUACACAGUGCUCGUGGAGGCCCAAGACACAGGUGAACCAGGGCUGAGCACUUCUGCCACCAUUGUGGUCCAUUUCCUGAAGGCCUCUCCUGUCCCAGGAUUGACUGUAGCCCCUGGGCCCAGCAGACACCUCUGUACACCCCGCCAAGACUAUGGUGUGGUUGUCAGUGGGGCCAGUGAGGGUUCUGGCCUGGCCAAUGGACAUGGUCCCUACAGCUUUGCUCUUGGUCCCAACCCCACCGUGCAACGGGAUUGGCGCCUCCAGCCUUUCAAUGAUUCCCAUGCCUACCUAACCUUGGCCUUGCAUUGGGUAGAGCCAGGUGAAUACAUGGUACCUGUGGUUGUCCACCAUGAUGCCAAGAUGUGGCAACUCCAGGUCCAAGUGUUCGUGUGUCGCUGCAAUCUGGACGGCCAAUGCAUGCGCAAGGUGGGCCGCAUGAAGGGAAUGCCUACGAAGCUGUCAGCAGUGGGUGUCCUCUUGGGUACCCUGGCAGCCAUAGGCUUCAUCCUCAUCCUUGUCUUCACCCACCUGGCCCUGGCACGGAAGAAGGACCUGGAUCAGCCAGCAGACAGUGUUCCCCUGAAGGCAGCAGUGUGAGUGAUCCCAGCAGCCCCAACUAGGAGGCUGGCUCCUCCUCCAUCUGAGCUCACUGAGAAAGGGCCCAGUGCCCAAGAUACACUGGAGACCAAGACAGAGGAAAAGCUCUCCGUCUUCCUGGAGUGGAGGCACUGUCACCAGGCAUGUCCCCAAAGCCUGGACACUGACUUUACAGGAUGGCCAUGGGAACACUCCAAAUGGCAGCUCUUUGUCCAAUAAUAAAGGCUCAGAGAGCCAGGCUGGACCCUGUAAA